AACCAAUCCACCACCUCCACUCGCGUUCAGUGUGAUUUCUGUGGUUUACUUGGUCAUACCCAAGACAAAUGCCACAGAUACAUUGCUAGUCGCCAACAGGCAGUGGAGGGUGCUAAGAAUCGCUACAAGCGUGGCAAUAAGGCUCAGGCAGGCUCCAGCAACUCUCAGAAUACCUCUCAGCAGCCCAAAUCUUCGCCCAACAAUGCCAAUUCAUCUACUGUGGUCACUGAAUCAGCUGGGAAUGCAAGUCUUCGUUCCAUUCAUCCCUCUGAUCCUAAUUGCCCUCUCCAACUUGAUGCUGACAUUGAUUGGAAUGCAGACACAGGCGCCACUUCUCAUAUGACACCUCAUUGUCAUUGGAUGCACCACUAUACCCCAUAUCGUGUGCCAAUCAAGCUGGCUGAUCACACUGUUGUCUAUUCAGCUGGUGUUGGUACUGUGGUGUUUAAUCCUGUGAUG